GGAGUACGAAAUUAUCCCCAAUGCAAGUGCAAUGGAUGCACGUGUGAUCUCAAUAAGCUGUUCCUUAAGCACAUGGAAUCUGAAAAAAUUCAUGACUUUCUAAUGGGACUUGAUCGAGAGACAUAUGGGACUUUAAGAUCUAACAUACUGGGGACGGAUGACGACCUGCCUUCACUGACUAAAGUGUAUCAAUUGGUGAUACAAGAAGAGCGGCAUCAGAAUUUGACGCGAGGAAAAGAAGAAAAAACGGAGGCAGUAGCUUUUGCUGCGCGAGUCGGACCUACUGCCGGAAAAGAGGAACGCGU